AAACGAAAAACUCCGCGAUCACCCCUAACCUCUCUCUCUCUCUCUCUCUCUCUCUCUCUCUCGCUCAAUUCAUGGCGACCACCUCGGAAUCGACGACGACGACGACGAUAACAUGCGAUCACUGUGAGAGAGACAUUCCAACUUCAAACAUCGAUUUGCACUAUGCACACUGCUCUCGCAAUCUUCAAAAGUGUUCAGUAUGUGGAGAUAUGGUUCCACGAAAGCUUCUUGAUGAACAUUACGACGAAAGCCACGCUCCGGUGAAUUGCUCACUAUGCAGCGAGACUAUAGAACGUGAGGCUUGGCCUCUUCAUAAAGGUGAAAAAUGCCCGCAAAGAAUUGUUACAUGUGAAUAUUGUGAGUUUCCAUUACCAGCGGUUGAUCUCUUUAAACAUCAGGAAAUUUGUGGAAACCGAACGGAGUACUGCGACAUGUGCAAUAAGUAUGUUAGACUCCGAGAACAGAUUGACCACGAAAUCCAGUUCCAUAGCAACUCAAAUGGCACCGCAGAGUCUUCGAGCACGAGGGGAAUACCCGAGCGGGAAGAGCGCGCUCCGCGAAGGCAAGCUCGCGGGUCGUCGCACAAGAAGUUGCUCUUCACGAUCGCGAUAACUGGUUUUGCCGUGCUGCUCGGGUCGUUCCUUUUCCAGAGACGAGUGGAAAAUCAUCAGCCGCAGUAGCUGUCGAAAUGCGCCGUCGAACAUCUGGGGCUAUCUCUGUGUAUUUUCCCCACGAAAGAGAUGAUAGAACCCAUUUAAAUUUGUAUACGGCGGCUAGAAAAAAAGGAAAAAAAAACUAAAAUGGGAAGUAUGAGUAGUAGUCCCUGGGAACUCCGUUAAGCAUAACUUCAUCAGGUCUAACCUCUGAAGCAUUUUCUAUUUAUCGUCGCGGUAAUAAUUUAUUGCCUUUUGUAUCUCCGUUAAUAUGCCUAUUUCAUAUGCUUUUAUGGUUAUUUUCGUCGCGAAUGGACAUUUAUACGUGUGAUAUUGGUGCUCCCCUAAA